GCUGCACAUGCGCGGAGAGAACAUGUCUCGUUACCUAUUCCAACCAACUAUUUGGACAACCAUAUUGUUUCCCAUUUAUAUUGUUUAAAAUAAAAAAAUACUAAACGAUACAACAAGUAUACGCUUAGUAAUGCACGAUAGCAAUAGUGACGUUUUACUGACGUCACCUGUCCCUCCCUCUUGUGGAUGUUGAGUGAAAAUGGCGGAUGGACAUCUCCACGUUAGCGUCUGUUUGCUGCACGUUGACUAACUAACUAACAAUACACAGAUGCGGCGGACUACGCAUUGGGGCCAGAUGUGGAUGAGUCGUUGAACUGUUCGUGUAGGAAAGUGUUUGUGGUUCAGAUGAAGUUAAUCAUCGGAGAACUACUGUAGUUCUCUUCGCGCCAAACGGUGCAUGUGGUGUUGGGAAGGCACCAGUACAGCAUCACACAACAGGCAUAGAUCUAAAACAUCUGUAAGCUGCUCCCAACCGCCUUCAAAGAUGUCUGACUUUCUGAUGAGAGCGUUCAGGGCCCAGCUGACCACAAGCAUGGACUCGGUCCUGAGGAGAGCAGUGUUUGAAAUAAUGGUGAUCUUCGAGAGCAGUCUCCAUGACCAUCAAAUGGAGCUGGCACAGAAAGGAGAAGAGGUUGCUCAACUUAAAAUAAAGUUGCAGGGAGCAGAGGUUAGGCUGAGUGAAAUUCAGCGUGCAGGCGACAGAGAAACGGAGAUGAAGAAACGCGAGCCUGAAGAUGUCCUGAGUGGCCCUGAACAAACUUCGGAUGUUCCUGAGAUUGAUUUUGAAUUACCUGAUGACUGGUGUGCUCCCCUGGGCUUCGAGACCGCGACCAAGAAAGAAGUAGGCUUUUGUCCCAGUGUAAAACUGCGCCCGCUGUCCAUUGCCCUCUGGCCCAUUCAGAUCAUCAAGCAAGAGGUUGUUAAGCAUGACAUUGAGUCCCACCAGCAAAAAAAGGGUCUCAGGAGAUCCAGGAGAGGUUCUUCAUUAAAUGAGAGGCACACACAAAAGGAACAAGUAACUCGACGUCCACCGGUGAGAAACGACAUGAAGAAAUUGAUCCAGGACAUCAAACAGGAAUAUAUUGACCCGACAGACGGUGCAGGUCCUAGAAGAAGAGUGAGACCUGUGACAGGAAAAGAGCAAGGCAGUACGAUGAAGAGCAAAAGAGAGGGGGGGGAAAUCGCAGCAGCUGAGGUUGAAGAAAGGGAGGCCGAGAAAAAUGACAGUGAAAAACGAUACUCCUGCAAGUUUUGUAAGAAAGAAUUUGAUACAAUGUUUGGCCGAGAUGUGCAUAUACGAUCACACAAGAAGUGCAACGGUUGCAAAAAGGAGUUCCCUUUUCCAAGUGCUCUUGGGUAUCAUAAAGGAACUUGCAGAAAACUCAAGAAAUUGUUGGCAAAAAAAGCUCAGUCCACUAACCCUCCAAAACCUGAGUCCUGUGAUGAAGAAAACUUGACUGCAUCGGGCAAAAAACAGUGCAUUGCUAAGAAGGAAAGCACAGCUUCCUCUAACAAAAACAGUAAAGCAUCUAUCCAGAAAGAUGAGCCAGCCGAAAAGCACUGUGUACAUUGCAACAAGGUGUUUCGCAGCAGUUGGAUGCUGAAACAGCAUGAGCGUGUUCAUACUGGUGAGAGGCCAUACCUUUGCAGCGUGUGUCCAAAGAAAUUCCGCGUUAAUCAGGCCCUCAAAAAGCACAUAUUGAGAAUGCACAAAGACCAGACGAAUAUCAGUGAGACAAAUGAAAACCAUGCCAGGAUCAAGCCUUCAGAGGAGCCUGAAGAUAGCGGUGAGGAUUUGAUGACUCCAAGGGAAGACACAAGUGAAGCGAUCAACCACAACAAAGUUAAGAGAGCUCGCAAUCCAGAUCCGGGGCAGAGUUCAAAAUGGAGAACCAUGGGGACGCACUGCCCUGAUGGUUUCGUCUGCGCAUUGUGCCAGAGGGUCUCGAAAAACAAAUACCUAUUGAUUGAACACUUUCGCACCCACACAGGUGAGAAGCCCCUGAAAUGUGACCAGUGUUCUGCAAUGUUUCGUUCUCGUGGGCAGCUGAGCAUGCACAAGAAAAGCUGUCCUAAUCCUCUCAAGGUGACCCAGUGUGUGAAGUGUGAAAAGAAAUUCUCCUGUCAAACAAAGUACGUUAACCACCUGUCGAAUUUUCACAAAGAUCGGCCUAAUUGUUGUACGUUUUGUGGAAAGGGCUUCUUCACAAAAGGUCGCCUCAGGAACCACAUGGAGCGUUACCAUAAGUAAGUCAGUGUACCACCAAUUGGGACCACUUGCCUCUGGACAUUGAAAAACUGGAUGUUAUUUAUGCUCUGGCUGGUUGGUGAAGGGGUUUCCCCCACAGAGAUGUUAUAAUACGAUAAUUAAAGAAACCUCAUCAGUAUUCCCCACCUCUGUUAAAGAGUGCUGCAAAACCUGUAAUGGGAGAGAAAAACAAAUCUUAUGUAGUUCAAGUUCAACAUAACUUCAAUCUAAUCAACUUCAAUCUAAAGUAAGAGCACAUAUAUUAAAACAUCAGUGUCUCUGUCCAUUGAUACUUUAAGGGUUCUAGUCCCUCACCAAGUACCCUUGUUUUACUUUUUUAAUAUUUAUUUGUUUUAACAGUUGAGCCAAAUAUUUCUUAACAUUCUGGAUUUUUCACUAAUGUAAACAACAACAAAAAAACCUUUCUGGUAAAAAUGUGGUAGAAAUCUUUCUGGCUAAUGCAGAACAGAACAAGGUCAUGUCAAUGCUCCACUGCCUUGAAGUAGACUUGAUCUUUGACUACAGUAUUGGCCGCAAUGGUCUAACAAACACUGAAAGAAAAGCCUUGGUAGAAGCUGUAUGACUACCUGUUAAUAAUCUGUUCGCUCACAUUACACAGAAUACCCCCAAAUCCACCAACCUUCUGUUCACUGAAGGUAAAUUUGAAGUUGUCUGUACAAAGUUGUCUACCGUUUGCCUUAAUCACAGAUUGCGCUGGUUGUUUUUAAGUCUCCAAGUUUUUGCAGAAUUCAAAACCAUGUCAUGCAAACAAUCUUUUUUUGCUUGGUUGUGGAGACCAAGCAACUCAUCUUUAUAGAAUGUCUUGUUACUUUACAGAUAUCUGAAAAGAUUACAUUGUUGAGGAUGUCUUGCAUUCAACAUUAUUGUUAUUUUGGCGGAUGCUUGAGUCCUUAAAUAUGCCCAAACAAAAGUUAACAUUUCACAGUUUCAGCUGUUAUGAAGGUUGUUUUAUUGAGUGGGGUGUAUUGGUUGUACACAUGUAUCCACAUGGGAUGAACUUACAACCCUUUUUAUAAUACAGGUAAAUAAAGUAUAAUUGUGUUGCUAGACUUAGACAUUGUUGACAUUUCCCCCAAAUAAAAGCCCUAUUUUAUACUU